GUGGAUCUUGGAUUCGCCCUCUCGGAGGGAGGCUCGUCUGUUCGGUCUCCAGCUUCGGAUCCCUGGACCCUUUUGGCUGGCACCUCUUGUAGUCUCAGAUUACCUUGGAUGAUGGCCUGCAUCUGACAGUCCCUCGGCUCUUCUCAACUCUCCUGAGGCGGCAGCUAGCAGCUUCUCUGAUCCUCAGCACUUGCCUGGAACGACCAGCAUGCCUCGUGGCAGGCGCCGUCAGCAGGGCCCUCGCAAUCCCAUCCGGGCGGCCCCCAAUUACGCCAAUGUGCACCCUUGGCAGCAGCUGGACCGAGCCUCUCCUGGGGUGGCAUACACCCCUCUUGUGGAUCCCUGGAUUGAGCGGCCCUGCUGUGGGGACCCCGUGUGUGUGCGCAUGACCAUGGAGCAGAACGGUACAGCUAGUGACUCUGCUGGCGGUAAGCCCACAGAAAGGAGCCCUCCAGCUGGGCGUAUGCCAGGUCCCUGGCCCCUCAGGAUGGACUUCCACUGGGUGCCUGGCUCAGACCCAGGCACCUUUGAUGGCUCUCCAUGGCUGCUGGACCGCUUUUUGGCCCAGUUGGGCGAUUACAUGUCUUUCCGCUUUGAGCACUACCAGGACAACCUCAGCCGUGUCUGUGAGAUCCUCGGACGCUUGACAGGCCGAGCCCGUGCCUGGGCAGCCCCCUACCUCAAUGGGGACGUGCCUUUGCCCGAUGAUUACGAGCUCUUCUGCCAGGAUCUCGAGGAAGUUAUUCAAGAUCCAAACAAUUUUGCUGAGUACCACGCUGCAGUGCCUUGCCCUCUGCCUCCAGCAUCGAGCCAGCCACCAGUGGCUCCACAGCUGCCUGUGGUGAGGCAGUACUUAGCUAGGUUCUCGGAGACCCUGGCACUCAAUAUGAGCACUCCCCCUAGGCCUGUUCUAGCUGCCUCAGCUACUCCUGCUUGGUCCAGUCCUGACUCUGCCCCCACAAAUGCUGUGCCUGAGCAGCAGUUGGCCAAGGAGACCACCCCUAUGCCCCAGGAGUCCCCUACCCAGGCCUGUUCUGCAGAUAGCACUGAUGCUGGUCCUGUGGGGCCAGCUGCCUCCCAGCCAAAGGACGUGACCCCCAAACCUGCCCCUACCUCUUCAGAAAUUUCUAAUCUCCCUGCCCAGCAGCUAGGUCUAGCUUUCCUAGGGAAUUCACAACCCCGUAAAACAGAGAUGGUUUCUGAGACAGGAGACCAGGAGGUGCCCUUGGGUACCCCACAGGGGGUGGGAGAUGUCCCAGAGAACCCGCAAGAGUCUCCUGUUCCUCACCCCACAUCCCUGGGUUCUGAACAUGAUCCAGACAGUUCAGUGGUGCCUCUUGUGAAGUGACAGGCAUAGCUCGGGAGCCCCACAGUCGAGACAGAAUUGUGUCCCCAGAUGACUCCAAGUGAUCCCAUAUUUAGGCGAGGAGGUGCGUCUCUUUUGAACUCCACCCUGUCUGAGCACAAAUACUCUUUUCCCCACCCCCAGUAGAACAUGGGCUUGUAACCUCAUCCUCUGACCCUGCUGGGUUCCCAGCUUUGUCUCUACUCCUCAACUGGGAGUGCCAUGUCACUGGACCUGUUUCCACAGAGUAGUUCUGUAAGUCAGCCCCCAUCAGGUAAUUUGUACCACCUUUGUCACCCACUGCUCCCGCAAAAUACCCACCUUGAUGGUCUUAACACUAGCUAGGGCUGGACUGGGUCUGCUAUGUCCACUGUAUCUGAACCUAGCCUCUGGAUAGUGUCUUUUUGUUCCUGCUCCCUGUGACCUGUGACUGGAAUUCAAGGAAAGCUGCGUGGAGGAAGUUGGCUUCUUGCUUUCUUUUGUAUCAUUUUUAAGAUCAUAUUAAUGGGUUAUAGUGUGAUAAUUUGAUAUCAUAUAUGGAACAUGUAAUGAUCAAAUCAGGGUGAUUGGAAUUUCCAUCUCCUUAAACAUUUGUCAUUUCUUAUGUUUA